GAACCUUAUCUGUUGUUGUGCCCAUGGCUUCCCAUGCUCUUCAGUUCCUCCUCUCUCGCACAAAGCCUCUUCAUCUUAGUUUGAACCAUCAGAUCCCUCAGACCGUGAAUCCUUCGCUGCUAACUUUCCAUAACGUCGUCCGUCAAAAAACCUUCUUCACCCAAUGUGCUUGGAAUUCAAAUUCAGUGCCUCAGAUCGAUUCGCCCAACCCGAACUCAGAUUCGAACGAGGAUAGAGAAGCUGAAGGCUUUCAGAUAGAAAAGCGAAGAAAAUCUGUGAUACUUCAAGACAGAAAAUCCCGAGUGGGACUGGUAAAGCCCGAGCCCCCUAAUUUCGAGAUUGGUUGGAAGAGAACGAAAGAGAUACAAACGGAGAAGCCGAAAGGAUACGUGAUCGCCGACGUCUUGGAGAAGUUAGAGUUUCUGAUGGGGACAGAGUAUGGUUCAGAGGAGCUUCUGGCGAAAACAGGGGAAAUUGUGGCGGAGAGAGCUCGAGAAGAGGCGGAGAUACUGAGAGAGGAAGGAGCGGUGGAGGAGAGAUUGAUUACAGAGUUGUUCAGGGUUCUCAAGUUGAUGGAAAUGGAUUUGGCAAUGGUGAAGGCAGCGGUGAAGGAAGAGACACUGAAGGAGAGGCUCGAGCAAGCCAAAGCCCGAUGCAGGCAAGCGAUUCUCGUCGCCUUUUCGUUUUGAUUUUGAAAAUUAAUGGAGUAGUGUUUGGUGAAGAAUCUAAGCCUGAAAAUGAUUCAA